UACUAUUCCUCUUCUGUGAGCUUCGAUUCGGUGCCAAGUGGUGAUGGCCAAGUCAUUCCGGGCUACUUGUUCUUACGAGCAACCCGACGAAAUCGGCCUAUGCUUCCUACAGACCAUCGCAGUAGCCGAGUCUUCACCCAUGGACUUGUCUUCGGACCCCCGUGUGGUGCGGUUGCUUGACGAGUUCGUCGACAUCUUCGAGUCACCUACCGGUGUGGUGCCGGAUCGGCCGAUUUCUCAUGAGAUCAUUCUUGAGGACGGUGUCGUGCCGCCGAAAGGUUGCAUUUAUCGCAUGAGCGAAGAGGAGCUUACGGUCCUUCGCGCGCAACUCAAUGACUUGUUGGACAAGGGUUGGAUCCGCCCUAGUAGCUCUCCGUACGGAUUGCCAGUUCUCGUCGUACGGAAGAAGGACAAGGAUCUACGAUUGUGCAUCGACUUCGCGAGCGCUUUUGAUGGCUCGGCCUUCUCGGGGACGUCACACGCUAUUGCGAGUCAUGGGAGGUUUGCCGACGCUGCAAACCCCGCAACCAUCGUCCGUACGGCACCGGAUGCUGUAAUGGAGUGUGCAAGGCUUGCUGCAAAGCCACCGACUGUGGGCAGGGGAAGGUGUGCUGUUCGGGAAAGUUUUGACUUGGCUCAUGCUGCCCUUCGGACCCGCGCUGCUGCAACAGAAAGAAAUGUCGCCCGGGAACCAGAUGCUGCAAGGGAGUGUGCAACGCAUGCUGCAGGAAUGGUCACUGUAGAAGUAGACAGAUCUGAUGUAGGGGAGUUUGCAAGUAUGCCCAGUGUUGUGAUGGUCCUAGGUGCUGCAAUGUCAGACUGUGUCAACGAGGCGCCAGGUGCUGCAAGGGGAAGUGCAAAAUGUGUUGCACUGAUGGGGAUUGCCACAAGGGCUGCUACUGCUGUGGAGGAUCAUGCAGGCGUUGCUGCACGAACUUGCACUGUGGGAAAGGACGGGAGUGCUGUAAUGGGCAGUGCCGUUAACUGUCAUUAUCGCUGGGACAGGGAUUGGUCUCGUUUUAGGGCGAAGGAAUACUGCAACGGUGUGUACUCGUGAACUUUUGAGUCCACUAAAGCUCCCGUGAAGGGGUGUGCUCACUGUGCUGUAGACGGCAGUUUAAGAGCGCAAUGCUGCAGACCGCGU